AUGCUGUACAGAAGGCCGUACCAUCAACUGAAUGCUGCAUCCGUCAUACAUGCAAAGUGGACGAUGUCAGGACAACAUUUAGUAGCAGGCAGUCAUGAAGCCGCCCUGAAACGACAAACACCAAAAAUGUCAACAUGCCCUCCAGUCCGCACGAGCGAAGAAGAACGCGCACGACGAGCAAGUGCUCUGCAGUGA